ACUAGAGUGUCAUAACUACGAACCGUCAAAAUUGUGCAACCCGGAAAAUUGUCAAUGUUACCGAAAUUUUUGUAAAUCACAUACACUGGCUCAUCAGUCGUCGUUUCAGCCGUAAAUGUACUAAAACCGGGUCUUCUGUGGCCACUUGACCCGAUAAAGAACGCGCCGCAACGCGUAUAUGUUUAUCUAAUAAAUUGAUUUUUUGGAUAACAUAACAACAAGCACGUCGCCGUGGCAGCAGGCAGCGUUCAACAAGUCCACAUACAUAUUUCUGGAAAAUCUUGUUUGCACCCACACAACAAAAAUUCUCACAAAAUUUGCCGACAAUUGAGUAACGAGGAAAAUGCUGCUACAAAAGUUCUGCAUGCGCGCCCUCCACACAACGCGGCGUUUAUAUAGCAACAGUGUUGGCACGGGCAUUGAAAAGAGCGCCCUAGCAGCGCUGCGCAAGAAAACCGGCUACACAUUUGCCAAUUGCAAAAAGGCACUGGAGUUGCACAAUAAUGACAUCAACUUGGCUGAGAAAUGGUUGCACGAACAGGCGCAAUCUUUGGGUUGGACCAAGGCCACCAAAGUGGCUGACCGGGCGACCACACAGGGCCUCAUUGGUGUGCUUAUAAAUGGCAAUCGUGGCGCUAUGGUGGAGCUGAACUGUGAGACGGAUUUCGUUGCACGCAAUGACACCUUCAAGCGGUUCGUGGAUCACGUAGCCCGCAUCUGCUUGCAUUAUACCGAUAUGACCGAGUUCGAUGGUGAUUUGUGGAAGCUUGGCUUCGAUGCGGAUGCGUUGAAGAAUCUGCGCACCGACGAGGGCCGCAAUUUGGGUGAUCAUUUAGCUUUGCUUAUUGGCGCCAUGGGCGAGAAUGCUUCCAUUCGCCGAGCACUCUGCUUCAAGGUAAACAACGAUUUGCAGCUGGUCGGCUACGCGCAUCCUGCGCCAGUUAAUGUAGGCACCGUCGAGGACAUCACGCAAGUAGGCAAAUAUGGUGCCAUCAUUGCAUUUCGUUCGGCAGCCGAUCUGGAUGUCGAGUUCCAAAAGAGCAUGUGCCAGCAAAUCGUGGGCAUGAAGCCAAAGAAAAUCGGUGAAUAUGACAAGGAUAAGCCGGCCGAAAAUAAGGACGAUGAGACCUGCCUCAUACAUCAAGAAUAUCUGCUUGAUGCCGACCGAACGGUUGGUGAAGUGCUUCAGGAAAAUCAAGUGACGAUUGUGGACUACCAUCGUUUCGAGUGCGGCGAGCAGACCGAGCGCCACAUCGAAGAUAUCUUGCAGUCAAAGCAACAAAGCAGUAAUUGAGACGCCUGGUGUGCCAUUGCAGGGAAGGAGUAGUAGCCGCAUACAAAAUUGUUAGUUAUCUUGAUUGUUUGGAAUGUAAUUCUGGGAAACUUUUGGCAAGCCACAUGCUGAUUUGCAUGUAUUAACAAUAAUAACUAGAACGUAUAGUA